AUGCCGUUUGUAAAAGCUUUCACGGCUGCCCCAAAUGGCGGUUGCCUGGCCGAGAAGUGCCAAUCAUUUGCUGAGGCUCGCAACCUCUCGCACAUCGACGGAGUCCUUCUGACACGUUGGCUGAGCUCGAGCAACAUACAAAAGUUGAACAGGACCGCUUUGACCGUGAUGACGCACGAAGUCGCUGGCUGGAUUGCAUGGUGUGUGGAGACUACCUUGUAUUCGGGCCGAACCAUUCUGGGGAAGGUCUUAUUCUGGAAGCGGGAGGCUGGCCGUUUUGUGGUGCGCAUGGGGGCGCACGCUCAGAAGGGCUGGAUGGAGGCGACGAUGGUUGCCGGUGCAGGUGUUUCCUUCCUUGUGCUCGUGGCCCUGCUUGGCAUGUGUCUCGUCACCUGCUGCACGGCCCUUUUCAGCGAUGAGGAGCCAGACGUCGCCGCGGCUGCAGCCAAGGCAGUUCUCACAAUCUGCACUCCAUCCAACGACAGUCCGUUAGUGUUUGCGGGGCUUAUACAUCUUUCUGGUGCUGUGGCCGCGAUGCCGCGGCGUGUCUGCAUGGGCCCCAGUCUCAGCAACGAAACGCACCUGAAAGCGCAGGGCAUGAUGCUUGGUGAAGCUUUGGCUCUGCGUCGUCCCAUCCUCCGCGCUUCCCACGCCAUGCCACGUUCGAGCCGCAGUCUCGUUUGCCUGGCCCUGGUAGCUGCAGGAUACGUGUCUACCCGGCUCGCGACCUUCGUGGCCACCCCAGCACCCUCCGUCCCGAAAGCUCCUCGCACGCAGCUGACGCAGCUCCAGGCGCGAGGCGGCGGCGAGUACGAUGUCAGUGAUGCAGACAUUCAGGCCUUCUACUCCUCUUUGCUGACAGGCAGCGGAGGCGACCCUCCGAAAGGCACUGUGCUGUCCGAGCUGGUAGUCAAGUUCUUUCACGGCGAGUUCUUGCCUCAGGGCUUCAAGCGCUACUCUGGACUGUGGAAGGGCCCUCCCCCAGGAACCAUCGGCAAGAAGGACAUCGCCGUGGGCGUCAUGGGUCUCAAAGCGCAGAUGGCGAAUCCCAUGUUCGUGACCAAGGGUGGCGUUGGCUACGGCGUGGAUGAGACGCAAAAGGUGGCAGAUGAUGGCAAGGGAUGGGUGUGGCUGGCAGCUGAGAUGAGCCCGGGUGGCCUGGCCUUGGAGCUCUUCCAGUCCGUUCCCUAUGGCAAGCGUGCCCUCCUGGUGGCGAAGCAAAACAAUGUCGACGAGCUUUUCAACUCAGUAAAUUGGGAUGUUGCGCUGGCCAACGUUGAGAAAACCUUCGGUGGGCCUCAGAUCAAGCAGCGCUGA